AUGGAGGGUAUGCUGUACAAGUGGACCAAUUACAUAAGUGGUUGGCAGCCUCGCUGGUUUGUGCUUAACGGAGGAACUUUGUCUUACUAUGACUCUCAAGAAGAUGCCUGGAAAGGUUGCAAGGGCAGCAUUAAGAUUUCCGUCUGUGAAAUCCAAGUCCAUUCUUCUGACUCUACGCGAGUUGACCUGACCAUCCCAGGGGAGCAGUACUUUUACCUCAGAGCCAUCAAUGCAGCAGAGAGGCAGAAAUGGCUGGUGGCACUGGGAUCAGCCAAAGCGUGUCUCACAGACAACCGAACCAAGAGAGAAAAAGAGCUUCAGGAAAACACAGAUGCACUGAAAACAAAGAUGUCAGAGCUCCGAUUGUACUGUGACCUUCUCCUCCAGCAAGUAAACAAGAUCAAGGAGAAUGAUGAGUUAGAGGAAAUGUCAGCAGAGAUUGGCACAGACACGGGAAACAUGGUGAAGACAACAUGCACCACUUUCCUGAAGACUUUGGAGGAAUGCAUGCAGAUAGCAAAUCGCACUUUCAGUACUGAUAUGGCAACACACAGUCCCCCAGGAACUCCUCCAGUCGCAGCCAUCAAACCACAGAAGCUCUUUGCUUUAUCAAUAUCACAAGAGCUUGACCUUGAAUCAUCCAUCAGCUCAGUUCCCGUGGAGCAAGCCAAUCUUGCCUCACACACCAAUCAGAAUGCCUCUGAGAUGGAACAGGAUCACCAACCAGCAGAGGGCAACCAAGACAUGGAACCCACCGAUCAAAGUGAUACAAGACAAGAGCCGAAGCACAAAGCUGACCAAAGUCCAGAGCAAGACAACAACAGUGGUGAGGAGGAUGCUGUGCAGCUCCAGCACCGACAAGAAUGUGUUUCUGAUCAGGAGGAGGUUCAAGAAGAAGGAGAGACUUUAACAGAUUCAGGAGACACAGAGCAGGUGGAAACCUUCUUCAGCACAAUGAGUCACAGAUUUAGUGAUAUAAGACUGGAUGACGACAAUGGUAUCCCUACACAAGAGUUUUUGGAUUCAUGCUAUGCAAUAGUGCCUGUAUUAGACAAACUGGGGUCUACAGUUUUUGCACCAGUUAAAAUGGAUUUUGUUGGAAAUAUUAAGAAAAUCCAGCAAAAGCAGAUGUCGGACCCUGACGGCUUCCACACGCUGCAGUCCAUCGUGCUGCAUGAAGUGCAGACAGAUGUGGCCCAGAUGCGCAACUCUGCAACCGAGGCGCUGCUGUGGCUCAGGCGAGGCCUCAAGUUCCUGAAAGAGUUUCUCUCAGAGGUUAACGCUGGGGCGCAGGACAUCCAGGGAGCACUCAAUAAUGCUUAUGGAAAGACUCUCAGGCAGUACCACGGAUGGGUUGUGCGAGGAGUAUUUGCUCUGGCGCUGCGAGCAGCCCCUUCUUAUAAGAGCUUUACCGCUGCCUUGGUGUCAAAUGAGGGCGACGAGCUGAGCAGCCACUUCACAGACGGCAUGCACAGGGACCUGGGGCUGUACCUGCCCGCCAUGGACAAGCAUCUAGCCAUCCUAGAUGCCCUAUAUGAAGAAUACAACCUGGAGUCUGAUGAGGUG